AUGGCAAUGAUAAGUCGCGGCAGUAAGAGAGUUUACAUUGAAGGGGACGAUCUUGAUAGACUUACCGCUCUUCCCAUUAGUGUCAAACACCAGAUUCAGGAGCGCUUGUCUAUGGAGGAAGCUGCACGAAUGAGUAUAUUGUCUAGACCGUGGAGACAUGUUUGGUCUUCAAUCCCUAAACUCAUAUUUUCUUCUCAGUUUUGCCAGAGAAAGCCCUUAAUAGACGUGAUUGAUACAAUUCUGUUGCAGCACAACGGAGCUAUUAAGACAUUCCUCCUAGAUAUUUCAUCGAUACCUCCUUCUAAGCACUCAGUUAUCGAUCAAUGGAUGCUUUUACUGUCAAGAAACGGUAUCAUGUAUCUCACCCUUCAGAAUCUACAAAAUGCUGCUCCGUAUAUAUUACCUUCCUGCAUGUAUGAUGUAGAACUAGAAAGUUUGCGUCUGGCCAACUGCAUUUUCAAGCCGCCGUGCAGCUUUAGGGGUUUCCACAAGCUCAAAAGUCUUUCACUACUUAAAGUCGUCUUGUUAUUAGACAACGACAUUGCAGCUUCUUUCUUGUGGAUGCCAUACCUUGUUAUUCUGCAAGUUAACGCGUGUAGUGGUUUUCCUAACGCGAAAAUAUAUGCUCCAACACUUUCCCAAGUAUAUUUCCUUACCAGGAGAAGCGAAACGCUUGAUUUGGGUCAUUACAUGGACUGUCGGAAGCUGAAAGCAGUUAGACUUGUAUCGUCAAAAGAGAAUCAAGAGAAAGCGGUUAACUUGACCUAUCUACUCAACUGCUGGUCUGAAAUUCGCGAUUUUGCUAUGGACAGUUACUACCUCCAGUCUUUUGCUACUGAAGCGGAGAGGCUCCCGGCAUACCUCAACAGCUUGAAGGUUAUGACUCUAUAUGAGUUUGAUUUUGAUGAUGAAGAUCAAAUAUUUUCUCUUCUAAGAAUGCUUAUAAUUUCUCCCAAUUUGAAUGACCUUCGUUUGGUGUUGAGCUCGAAGAAGAGGAAUGUUGGCAUGGAAGUGAAUGUCGUAAAUCACUUUGAAGGACCAUCCUACAGGACACUCGGAGUACUCAAGCUUGAAAGUUUGAAAGUAAAAAAUUUCCAUGGUUCAAGAAUAGAAAUGCUCUUCGUAAAGUUUAUAUUCGCGUCUGCACCUUCACUCCUGAAGAGUACCAUCUUUAUUGAAGAUGUAGAAAGUGUUGAUCAAAGCGAAUACGUGAAGAUCACAAAGGAGUUGAUGGGUUUCCCUCGGGCAUCUCCGACACUGAAAAUGUACAUGAUAUGUGAUGCAUCAAAAUUAGGCAUCUUGACUCAGGAGGGCUCGUUUCAUGAUGGAAUGUAA